AUACAUAUGUAAGAAAUUUGUGCAUUCUUUUUGAUACGUCGUACUUAUAGGGACUUUUCAAGUGAACAGUAAAACAGAGGCUUAGCAAGAACAAGUGUACCGUCAGUUUCGUCUCGGCCGCUGCUCUGACAACUCGAGACCUCUUCAUGUUAAUAUAUCAGCUGUUCGGUGCAUAACCUAGCCAAAAAGUUUGUUCAAGUUUAUAUUUGUGCUCCUGAUACUUGGGUUUAUUUAUUGUUCUAGAAGAUAGUGGAUCUUGAUUAAUUAAUAUUUUUGUGUGUAAAGAUAUUUUAAAAGAUGGCAGGAUCAGCUUUGCGGCGUUUAAUUGCGGAAUACAAGCAAUUGAUGUCGAAUCCGCCUGAAGGAAUAUUAGCUGGCCCUUCGACCGAAGAGAACUUUUUCGAAUGGGAGGCAUUGAUCGUAGGACCAGAAGGAACUUGCUUUGAAGGAGGUGUGUUUCCUGCCAAACUCAGCUUUCCAGCUGAUUACCCCUUGAGUCCUCCAAAAAUGCAAUUCACUUGCGAAAUGUUUCAUCCAAACAUUUACACAGACGGCAGAGUGUGCAUUAGUAUAUUACAUGCACCUGGCGAUGAUCCUAUGGGCUACGAAAGUAGUUCAGAACGAUGGAGCCCCGUACAGAGCGUAGAAAAAAUCCUGUUAAGCGUUGUCAGCAUGUUGGCCGAACCAAACGACGAAAGUGGAGCUAAUGUUGAUGCUGCGAAAAUGUGGAGGGAAGAUCGGAAGCAAUUCGAGAAAAUAGCUGAUAAAUUAGUUCGCAAAUCUCUUGGAAUACCCGCGUAACCUAAGUCCUUGGAAUCACGAUAUGAAAGGCAUUACCAAAACCCUACAUAGUCAUAGGAAAUGUUUUCCUAUUAAAUUUCUUGACCUCAUCUUUAUAGCGGCUUGAUUUUAAACAAAAAAAAUACAUAAAAAUUUGUACAGACAUUUGCUUCGUUCAACGAUAUUUUGAUAUAUUUCUAUAAAAAAACUUGCCUCUUAAAUACUUGGAUGAUAUAGAAAUUUUGAAUUUUUUUCAUUAUUAAAAAUAAUUGUACAUAUGUAACUCAUGUUAAAAUAUUUUUAAGAGAAUUAUUGAUAAAGGAAUAUAACACUGAUUCAAAAAAUAUGUUAUUUUAAUAUUCGUAAAAACGAUCCAAAAAAUGUUUUGAUUACAUAGACGAUUUUUGGAGAAUUUUCAAAUACAUCGUAAAUUAUAAAUAAUUAGAAAACUGUGUAAGAUACUACUUAUAACAAUAAAAUCACAAGUUUUUUUGAA